AUGACCUCGCCUCCGGCUCCUCUUCAGGUUCUAAUCUCUUCUCCUCUUUUUCAUUUCAGCGUCUCCGCUAUUGUACACAUGUACUGUCUUCUCGUUGACAACGCCUAA